ACGUAGCAUAAAAUUUCCCCCAGCAGGCUUUGCGGCAUGCAAACAGCAUGCGAAAGCUCAAGAAUCAUGUUUAAACAGAAAGCUUGAUCCAGUUAAAAACACUGAAAAAUAAGCUGUGAAUACAUAAAUAACAACUUAUUUCCACAGUAAGAAUGGGCCAUCGAAUUGACGAUGUGAUGAAGUUGUGCUGUGAGCUGUCUGCCAAUCAGCAGAUCAAGUCCACUGUAAAAGGUUCUGCGAAGGGAGCAGCAGCUGCAGGUGGACUCGCUUUCGCUGGAGGCUUGAUGGGGGGUCCCCUCGGUAUUGCUGUGGGUGGUGCAGUGGGUGGUCUCCUUGGCUGCUGGCUGACCAGUGGGCAGUUCAGGCCGCUUCCACAGAUCAUAAUGGAGCUCAGCCCUCAGCAGCAGCAGAAGCUGUAUGAUGAUCUCAUGGGGAUCCUGGGAGAUAUUCAGUGGACCGACCUGGCUCAGUUAACUGCUCUGGUGAUGGGCAACUCCAUCCUGAAGCAGCAGGUCACAGCGGCUCUUAUCGGGUACAUCUCUAAGGAGCUCCAGGCUGAGGUGCACUAUGUGGAUUAGUGUCCAUCUAAAAACUGAAUGGGCUGACCCAAAGUCUUACAGGCUCAGAGGAAUAGUACCAUGAAGAAAAAAUGUGAACUGUUGCUAAGAAUGUAAAAAUACAGCAGUGCCAACACAAUCAUCAUUUGUCAGUAAUAAACCAGUUAGCACUUUGUUAUAAAAAUGUGCUGUAUGUUUUGGGGCAAAAAAAAAUCUACAGUUUUUACUUGAAGGAAUUAUUUAUUAUGCCUUUGCCUGCACUGAAGAGACCAGUCUGGCUUUAAAUGUAAUGGGGAAAUUAUGGCCUGACGGACAUGAUAAUGGGAAACAUCACUAUAUACCCAUGUGUUUAACCAGUUCACUCAUAUUUUUUUCCUUGGUAGUUAAUAGUUUUUCUAAAUCAUGGAGUUAAUCAUAGAAAUGCUCAUAUCUCAAGAUUAUAUUGUCAGGUGCAUCCCAAUAUAUCACAAUAUUAUUGAAAGGCAUAUGGAUUGCAAUUAAAAAGGUAAUGAAUAUUCAUUACAAAGCACACACAAGAUGAUGUAUUUCAAGUGUUUUCAGUUGUUUUUUGAUUAUGGGUGAAAAUCUAGAAUUUCAUUUCUGAGGAAAUUGGAACAAAAAAAUAGGACCGGUUUAAAAUAAUUUUUAAUGCAGAAAUGAUGUGGACUACAAAAUUACAGAAAAAAGCCUGGAUUCGACAGCCACUGAUAUCCCUUCACAAGGCUCGUAGACAACAAGAUGUCUCUUACAGAAUCUGAGAAUUUGGAUUUCUAGUUUCCACUUAAAUUAAUUCAAAAAUUGAGUGGAAGGCAAAGACGUAGAUAAAGGUGCACAAGCAACAGAGAUUAGUAGAAUCUUAAUAGGAUUGUAAAGUACAGCCAAUUUGAGAGUUUGGGGCAAUUUAAAGAAGUCCAAACUAGGUGUGGUCACCAGCUGGAGUGGAGCAUGUAGUUGAAGGAAAAACUAUUGCUUUAACACAAGGAAAAAUAUUCUUGUCUUGAAAACUAUUGUUUUCCUUGUGUUGAGCUUCUGCUUAAGAAACACCACCAGAAGCAUCUACUGGAUUUGAUCAAGUCUAAAGUCAUUGCAGCCAUCAAGUUUUGGAGCACUUUUUGCUGCCUUCUGCUGACAAGCUUCACAGAGAUGCCGACACUGCCAGAAGUAGCAAUACCUGGUUUAAUAACCGUGAUGUCACUGAGUUUAAUGGUCAAAAAGAUUGGUUGAUCUAAAGAUAUAGAUAACCUAUAGAGUUUUAUGGAGAGGUAGAUGAGACGACAGCAGUGAUUCAUGCAAAAAGAGCCAUGGUGUGACUUUCUGAGAUAUUCAAGUUAGGUUUUUAUUGCUAUAAGCCAUAAAUCUUGUAAAUAACAGAAACAUCCUUGAAAUACAUAACUGUGUAAUGAAUUAGAUUGCCUUAAUUGGAGUAAUAAAGUCACUUCUUAAUAUUCAUUUAUGAAGAUUUAACUAAUAUUCUUUAAUUUACGUAUAAAAAUACCUGAAACUGUUUAAAGGAGGGUUUAUGAGAUAGUAGAGGGGUGAAAUGACCAGCUCUGUCCUAAUGGUCCUGCCUGUUUAAUAAAUGAGUGUUUUCAAAAAC